AUGGAACGUUGGGUUGGUAAAGUAGCCGUAGUGACGGGAGCUAGCUCAGGCAUCGGUGCUAAGAUGGCCCUCCGUUUGGCAGACGCGGGUCUCAUAGUGGUCGGUUUAGCAAGAAGAAAAGAAUUGAUUGAUAAAAUAGCUAAGACGGUGACAGGAAAAGGCAAGAUUUACUCAAGAUAUGUUGAUGUUUCCAAACCUGAGCAAAUAACAGCAGCUUUUGAAUGGGUUGAAAUGGAGUUCGGUGGCGUAGAUAUCCUCCUGAAUAAUGCUGGACACUUCCCUGUUGGAUAUAUUACUGAUAUUGGAGAUAAACCAGAACUAAAGGACGAUACGAUUGAACUGACAAUCGAUGUCAAUAUCACUGCAGUAGUUCUUUGUACUCGUCUAGCAGUCAAAAGCAUGACAAAAAGAGGAGUUGCUGGACACAUCGUCAAUACAAAUAGUGUUUUCGGUCUCUACGUGCCUGCGCUCCAAAUCUCAAGCGCAUACCCCUUGACCAAAUAUGCACUCACCUCUUUCACCCAAAGUCUGAUAAAUGAGCUUGCUAAAUUCAAUAGUAAAAUUAAAGUUACGAGCCUCCACCCUGGUGCAGUGAACACAGAUUUGCUCCCUGAGGAUCUUGCAGUUAUACCGAAAGCAGAGUGUGAUGAGGUUGUCGAUGCUGUAAUAUAUGCCCUCUCCACACCACCGAAUGUUAAUCUCUUUACUAUAGGAGUCAAGGCAGUCGGUGAAGGAACUCUA